CCACUGAGAAGACAUCAUGAAACUCCUCUUGGUCAUUGCCUUCCUGGGAGCAGCAGUUGCUCGCCCCUUUGAUGAUGACGACAAGAUUGUGGGAGGAUACACUUGCGAGAAGAACUCCGUCCCCUACCAAGUAUCACUGAAUUCUGGGUACCACUUCUGCGGGGGUUCCCUCAUCAAUGAACAAUGGGUUGUCUCAGCUGCUCAUUGCUACAAAUCCCGCAUCGAAGUGAGGCUUGGAGAACACGACAUUAUGCAGGUGGAAGGAGGCGAGCAGUUCAUCAAUUCCGAAAAGGUCAUUCGCCAUCCAAAGUACAACUCUUGGCUCCUGGAUAACGACAUCAUGCUCAUCAAGCUGAGCUCCAAUGCUGAGAUUUCCUCACGCAUCACCCCCAUCACCUUGCCUAGCGGAUGCGCAGCUGCCGGAACUGAAUGCUUGAUCUCAGGGUGGGGCAACACUCUUAGCAGUGGAGUCAACUACCCUGACCUUCUCCAGUGCCUCAAUGCUCCCAUCCUCGGUGACGCCGAAUGCCGAGAUGCCUAUCCAGGGCAAAUCACUGACAACAUGAUCUGCGUCGGGUACUUGGAGGGCGGCAAAGACUCCUGCCAGGGGGAUUCCGGUGGCCCCGUGGUCUGCAAUGGCGAGCUCCAGGGCAUCGUUUCAUGGGGAAUGGGCUGCGCUCUCUCUGGCUACCCCGGAGUCUACACCAAGGUCUGCAACUAUAUUGACUGGAUCCAGGAAACCAUUGCUGCUAACUAAGACAGCAAUUCCUCCUCUAGUUUCAACAUACUAGCACCCUUUGCUUCUCAUGUAAUUCGUCUUAAUAAUAAUAUAAAAAAA